AUGUUAAGCAUUCCGACGACCGCCAAGGGCAAAGAAACUCCCACCCUAGGAAGAAGCGGCAGGAUUCCGAAGUCAGACGGGAAGAGCAACCAACAAUACAAUGGAAACCUCCUACAGGGACAAGCCAUGGUCCAAAGGACGGAGAAGUAUAACUCCAAAACCGGACAGGUGACUCGUCCGAUUCUCACGAGUCAAGAAAAUGGGGAGUCAUCUCAACAAAGGAGAGAAGGCAAGAUGAGUAGGAAAAUGAAAGGAGUCUCGGGCGGAACCGAAGGGGGAAAGCAGCUCAGAAAAGGCACCAAGCCAACAGGUGAGGUUGAGAGGGAACGAGCAGGGACAAAUCACCCGAACAAGGGGAGGCGGGGCAGGGACACAGGAUCAGGUGGAAAGGAGGAUCUAUAA